UCGCGUUCAAACUUCCGAAGCAUUCAAUAUAAUAUACCGGACGUCACAUUGCCCUACCCAGUCUGAAGCCAUGCGUCUUCAGUUUAACGCGAGUUCAAUUAAACCACGUUUAGUUUUGUGUACGAUAAAGUGAAGUGUGCCAGUGAUGAUGAAGCCAGGAGACAUGUCUCCUCAACCGGAGCUACAAGAAUUAUUGCAGAAACCGAUCGUUCUUAAGAAAUUUACUCCGAAAAUAAUCCCAAGCCAAGGCGCUCACAAGGAGAAGCCCAGAAUAUCAGAAGAUGAAGAUUCCGGCCCCGACGUGGUGUCGACGGUCAUUGGUGAAUAUGGACGUUGGCAGUUGAUGAUGACUUUUCUUCUAUCACUUUUCUCAUUCCCCUGUACAUUCCAUAUCUUUUUGCCAACUUUUACGGCAAAAGCCACGAAGUUCUGGUGUGAGCGGCCUGACAAUCUAUCGACUUUGCCAUUAGAAAAUUGGAUCAACUACAGCCAGCCACAAGGCGGAUGUUACGUACGAACUCUUUCUAGUGACGUUACUGUGGAAAGCAUCAAGAACUUAACAGCUCCAGUGUUGGAUUCAUUUCAAAAGUGCGAAAAAUGGGGUUUCGAUAGAAGCGAAGUUGGCGACACGAUUAUUUCGGAAUGGGGACUCGUGUGUGACAAAGCUAGUCUUACGAAUCUGGCUGAAGUGGUGUUCUUGGUUGGUGUGGGUAUUGGAGGUGUUGUGGGAGGCUGGAUUUCAGAUAGGUUCGGCCGGAAGCGCAUUUUAAUGACUAUGGCAGCAACACAAAGCGCUUUAGCCAUCCUCUCUCUGCUAGUCAGCUCAUAUGUUCAAUACGUUGUAGUCAGAUUGAUCAUGGGACUAGUAUCAGUAUCUGUGGUCUACGCGGCCUUUGUGCUAUCAGUGGAACUUGUCGGCGGGAAAUGGGUGACAAUUGCUGGAGUGUGCAACUUUUUCCCGCUGCCAUUGGCUUAUAUCAUUGUAUCUCUUUUGUCUAUUGUAAUGCCGAAUUGGAGAGAUCUGCAGCUGGCAUUGUCAAUACCUGGAUGCCUGCUUAUUCUUCUAUGGUUUGUUUUACCGGAAUCUCCCAGAUGGCUUCUCAGCAUGGGACAGACGAAAGAAGCCAAAGCCCUAUUAGAAAAGGCAGCGAAAUUCAAUGGACGACAAAUACCAUCAGACAUUGAUAAAUUGCUACAAGUAUACAAUACAGAUACGAAAGCUGAAGACCCAAAUGUAUGCAUGCUUCUACGAGGGUACCUUCUGAAGAGAACAGUCUGCUUAUUUAUAGCCUGGUUUGCAAUGACCAUUGGUUACUACGGUCUGCUAUUAAACAUAGGCAACUUUAACCUAGGAAAUCUGCAUCUCACGUCGAUAAUAUUGGCAGUCGUUGAAAUACCAGCUAUUGCGUUAAGCAUACCCAUUCUCCUGAAAGCUGGAAGACGUUUCCCCAUAUUCAUAACGAUGUUGGUGUGCGGACUUGCUUGCGUUGCAAGUGAACUGUUUUCUAUAUCUUUCAAUAAUGAAUGGGCGAUGAUUGCAUGCCUCAUGGUGGGAAAAUUCGCAAUCGGAGCUACAAAUAUGAUGUUGCCGAUAUUCACAGCUGAACUUUAUCCAACUGUGGUCAGAAAUUUGGGGGUCGGUGCUAGUCAAAUAUCUUCGGGUUUGGCGCUGAUGUGUAUACCAUAUUUAUGGGAAUUGACUGCUUUGAACGAGCACCUGCCGAUGGUGACCAUAGCGGCUAUGAGCGUGGCGGGCGGCGCCACCGUGUUGCUCCUGCCUGAUACUGCUCACCCAAAACCCAAAGCGACAGAGAGUGCUCCACCUUGCAAUGGAAUGUACACGACCACCGACGAUAGAGGGCGCUAGCUGUGUUCAUAAAUUAUUUGACCAAACGUCUGUGCGUAGCAUUUCUUACCCGGGCAACUCAUUGCUGACUUUCGUACAGUGUACGAAUAUUUGCACUUAUAUAUGGGAAAACAUUUGCAAAUGCCAUUCUACACUAAUUGUGGUUUGUAAUACGGCAUCCGUGGCUAUUUUACGGAUUUUGCUCUUCCAGGUACUUGGCCGGACACUUGCGAACAGACAUUCGUGUAUUGUAUCGUACCUUGUAAAUACAUUAUAUAUUGUACGCGCUCCUCUGAAAAAACGUGUAAAACAUUGCAAAUGCCGUCCUACACUUGUGGGUUACAAUUGGAUAAAUAUAGAUAUUUACAUUUGUCUCAUAAAUAUAGUAUUAAUUUUUACUUGUAAGGAUGAACCGUUAUAGUAUAGGAACAAAAAUAUCAUUUGUAUUGUCAAUACAGACACCAUGACGAAUUUAUAGAUUUAAGAAUCUCACGUUUACCUAUCGAAAUUUAUUUUUUAUAUACAUUUUAAUACCAGUAAAUGUGAUAUUACUUUAUCAAAAAAAAAUACAUACUCGUAUAUUCCAUGAACGCCUGUAAAAAUAUAAUUAAUAAAUGACAUUUUGUUUGUUAAAAAGAACUAUUCUCUACUCAUAAUUGUAUUAUUCGAGUGUAUGUUAUAACAAUAAGUAAGUGGUUUUAAAUGUUGUCUUAAUAAUUUUAGCGUCAUGCAUAGUUUAAGCUAAGUGAAAAAAAUAUUUUUGUAUGCUAUUAUGUAAAUAUAGACCUUUCUUUUUACCUAUAUUAGGUAUAGGUUAGUAAAUUAUGUAUGAUUAAAAUAUUUGAAACUCCCCGUAGUGUACCUAUUCUAUCAAAAAGUUAUUUGAUAAUAAUGAUUUCAUAAAAUAUCCAAAAAAUAAAAUUACUGUAAAUUUCAUUGAAAUGUUUUCUUAAUGUGUAUGUUUGUACUUAAUUUGUUAUAUCUUUUACCGUCAUAUUUAUUUUUCAAAUCAUUCAAGACUAUAAUCAAUAAAAAAGAAUUCUAACGGUUACUGACUGAAUUACUUCCUUUUUUAAAUAUGAAUGCAAUUCAAAAUAGCCCUUUUUUGCAUUGCAUUCACAUCGUAAGAUUUUGUGUUUUUGAUGUGCUCCACUGAAGUAUGUAUACAAAAAUACUUUAAAAUAAUAUCGUAAGGACUUGUCACAUCGUGCAAACUUUAAAUGUAAUCUAAUUACUUCUAAGUAUUGUAAAUAUAUGAUAUUUAAUAAAUUUUG